AUGGGCAACGGAGAAAAGGUGGAAUUAUCAAAGCAAAUACUUCAAUCUCAAGCGACGCAUGCUAUUGUUAACUACAAAAAGUACUGUGAAGAAACUGACUGCGAACGUCUCAGCAACAGAAAACUAUUUGCUAUUCUCAGCAGUCUAAAACCUGCACAGCAACGAGUUUUAGCAGGAUUGAACGAAUUCGUUGUCGACGGUGUUGAAGCAUGGAGCUGUCUAUCAAAUAUUAUCAAUGGGAUGUCCGUUCCACAGGCCGAUCGAAAACGCUUACUGAAGCAAAUUGAUUUGGCAGAGCAAUAUCAAAAAGUGAUCCACAGUGGUCAUUGCUCGGAUAAUUCCAAUUGCAUUACACAUUGCACUACUUUCGGUCUUAGUUAUCCUAAAUGUCCAGAACAUCAAUCAAAGUGUACUCAAGCACAUACUUCUGAUUACCACGACUGUAUUAAUAUUAGCCGGACACUUUAUGAGAUUGGGGAAACGAUUAAAAAAAUUAGCAACGAAGCGUGA